ACCGAUGACAAUUUCUCUGCAACUUCGCUGAGGCCUGUGUUUUACACUAUAUAUUACACAAAUCUCACAACAUAUACACAAUGUGUAUUGAUCAAAGAUCAAUACUCACUGAUGUAUUCCCAUUUGGGCAUCUGCUUUCAGGCCCUGAUUUCUGCGUUUUGAGCAUUUGGGUGUCCAGAAAUCAAGCUUUGAAGAGCAUCCAUGGAGCUGAGGAGAAGAUUGAUGUCCUAUGGUAGAUCUCCGUCACGUAACGGGGAAAAAAAGCUCUCCAUUACGUCUCCGUCUGAAUCACCAGAGAUCGUCAAAUCCCCUCGCUUGGGGCCAUUCAGCCCCGGUUCGAGUUCCCGCAAGGCUCUGAAAAACCUCUUUGUGAAGAAAAAGAGCCGUUCUUCUCCUCCCGCUUCUUCUACCUCUGAGUCUCCCCCUGAGUCUCCCCCAGAAUCCGUCAAAAUCACAGAGUUGACGCCCCCUCUGAGCCGUCGGAAUGGCGAUGUGGAGCACGAGUUGACGGACGUUUUCCAGCAUUUUGACGUCGACGGUGACGGCAAAAUCUCUGCUGAUGAGCUGAGGAAUGUGCUUGUUUCGCUUGGGGAGGAGGAUCUGAGUGAGGAAGAGUUGACGGCCAUGAUUAAGGAGGCAGACUCUAAUGGUGACGGGUAUAUAGAUUUGACGGAUUUUAUCCGUCUAAAUACAGGCUCUGGUUUUGACAAGGAUUCUGAGCUUUUUGACGCCUUUAAUUUGUUUGAUGUAGAUAAAAAAGGGUGCAUAACUGCUCAAGGACUCCAUGAAAUUAUGACGCGUUUGGGUGAAGAGAGUAGUUUGGACGACUGUCAUAUGAUGAUAAAGCGCGUGGAUUCUGACGGGGAUGGGGUCGUCAACUUUUGUGAGUUUAAGCAAAUGAUGAUGACUUAGAAAUCAUGGAGGGCUUGCUAUUUUUUUUUGUUGUUAUAAGGUAUGAGAGAGGCUUGGUGAGGGGGCUUGGCUUGCUCUUAAGUUAGGUCACGAAAAUGGGAAAUUAACUAGAAAAUAUAUAAUUUUAAGUAAAAAUUCGUGAUAUAACUUUGGAUAUAGGACCUCAAAGAAAAAUCUUUUAAGGACGUAAAAACAAGAAGCGAGCGAAGGUCAUGGUUUCUUAGGCGAGUCUUGAGUUCGUUGGUGUACAAUUUAGAGUUUGAUAUCAACAUUGGGAUCUCGAAAUCUUAAUAUUGUACAAAUUAUCUCAAUAAUAAUAUUGGGAGUUGGAAGUCUGAAUGAGAAUUGUAAUGAUUUUUUGUGCUUA